AUGGCGUCCGCAAUCACGAUAACCGCCCUCAUAGUUUUGGGGUUGGGUCUAGUGAUCUUUAUGAAGGUGAAACCCCUUCUGGAAGUGCCUCCAGUACCAAAAAUCGAAGACACCUGGUGGGGACCAGGUCAACCAGGGAAAAGUGUCGACACCAGUAUCAGACCCUUCAAAAUCAAUGUACCAGAUGAGGUUCUUCGUGAUCUGGAACGACGACUAGCCUCCACCCUACCCUUCCAACCCCCACUAGAAGGGGCUAAACAGCACUAUGGCAUGAACACCGACCUUCUCAAAGACAUCACCGAAUUUUGGAAAACCAAAUACAAUUGGAGGGAGCGGGAAGCUCUUCUCAAUCGGUUCCCUCAAUUCAAAGUCAACGUUCAAGGUUUGAACGUUCACUACAUCCACGUGAAGCCCACGCCGACUAAAGGGAUGCGGGUUCUACCCCUUUUGCUCCUGCACGGUUGGCCAGGGUCUGUUUGGGAGUUUUACGAUAUGAUAACCAUAUUGACGACCCCACAGAAGGACAGAGACUUUGUUUUCGAGGUUAUAGUCCCUUCUCUACCAGGUUACGGAUUUUCUGAUGCAGCCGUCAGACCAGGCCUGGGAGCCAUGCAGAUGGCAGUCGUGAUGAAAAAUCUGAUGGAAAGGAUAGGUAUCAACAGAUAUUAUGCUCAAGGUGGUGAUUGGGGAUCAGCCUUGGUCCACAUCAUGUCCGUUUUUUAUCCGGAGAAGAUCAUCGGGGUGCACUCGAAUAUGUGCAUCGCAAAUUCUUUUCUUUCGAAUCUGAAACUGUUCUUAUAUAGUUUCUACCCCUCCUGGAUUGUGGACAAGGAGCACGAAGAUUUGGUGUACCCUUUGAGCAAUUUGUGGGCGAGAACACUUAUGGAAACAGGAUAUAUGCACAUACAAGCCACUAAACCUGAUACAGUUGGAGUUGCUCUGCGUGAAAGUCCAGUUGGAUUGGCGGCUUACCUAUUGGAAAAAUUCUCCACUUGGACGAACCCAUCCUGGAAAGACUUGGAAGAUGGCGGUCUAAAUAAGAAAUUCACCAUCACCAAGCUCUUGGACAACGUCAUGAUAUACUGGGUGACCAGAUCCAUAACGACAUCUAUGAGGUUGUACUCAGAAACAUUCAACAAAGCUACUAUGGGCAUCAAUUUCGAACGCAUCCCGAUAACUAUACCCAGUGGGUGCGCUAGAUUCCGUCACGACUUGAUGUACACGCCAGAAGCAAUCUUGAGAGAUAGACUUGUGAAUAUGGUGCACCUCAAGGACUACGACGCGGGCCACUUUCCUGCGCUUGAAGUACCGGAUAUUUUGGCGAAAGACGUUUUCGAUUUCGUAGAGAAAGUUGAAAAGUUGAAUAGGAGUAAAAAAUAG